AUGCGCGCGGCACUCGAAGUCUGCGGCGAGUUCCUGAGCCGCAUUGGUGCGCUCCAAGACGUCAACGCCAUUGCUGGGAUCCUGCACAAGACGGGCGUGAAACUGUCCGAGACAAGUCCGUUCCGUUGGAGAGCGCUGUUGGCUGCAAUCCGACAUGAACUGGACGCUAGUCCAAUGGACAGUGUGUUCCUCUUCGAUCGGGUGCUGCAGCUGCACGUCAUGAUGUCCGCAGACUCAAGCCUCGCGCUGUUUCGAUCGCCGCUGUUUCUACAUCUAGUGGUACAGCGAUUCGCAGUAGCAUAUGAAGGUCUUGAUGCAGAGUUGUUUAAGUUGGAGAGUGACGAGUUGUGCCACGUGGACGGCAUCUACGAGACUGGGGGCAGUAAGAACGAAGAGCUCACGACAUUUCUCGAGACGUUUGAAAAAAUUUUCGAGCAGGGCGAGCCAAAAGAGUGCUGGGAUGUGUUCUAUGAAUCGCACCGACUCAAGGGCCCUGCUUUUCGGCGUGACAUGAAGCGUGCAUUAUGCGUGAUAGAAUCUGCUGCACUCGGUCCGACGAAACUCGAGCUCGCUUUCCCUACGGAUAUCGCUGGAGACACAAGGAAAGUUAUACCGCGGUCUGUGCUGGAAAGAAGGUUUGGCGGCACUCAACGCGAAUGGAGAGAUCUGUCACAGAUCACUUCCAUCUCGAAUGACGAGCAAGGGCAAGAGCAAGAGCAAGAGCAGGAUCCAGCACGAGAAACACGAGCACCCGUCAGCAUAGACAAUGCAGCUGCUGAACCUGCCGAGCCGACUGAAGUCCAGGACUGGGUCUGGCCAACGCGCGCUUCAUCCCCCCCGAAUGACCUGAAAGCAGAAGUCGUGCAUUCUGACGUUUCGGACGAACCUCCGGCGUCCGAGCGGCCUGUGCCGUCGAGACCGUCACGUAGUGCAGAAGCUGCCAGGGUGAGCCAUCAAGAAGGUCGUUGUGCUGCUGCUCGUACUAGGGUCUCAAGUGAAGAUAAUGUGGUCACUACUUCUGGAGCGACUGGCCGUCCAACUGGUCGACGCAAACGAGUACGCUGGUCUGCAGAAGAAGAGGAAGCGCUGAUUGAAGGCUACAGGCUGUACCACAAGUAUUCAAGCGUAUGGAAGCUAAUCAAGACGAAAUUUCCAGACGUGCUUCGGAAUCGGUCGAACGUCGAUCUGAAGGACAAAUUCCGUAAUCUCAAGCGAUAUAACCGAAUUCUACGAGCUACUGCCAACGGCAACGACAAUGGUGAUACGACUGACAAUGAUGCGACCGAUGACAACGCUGGCACAGCGGACAAAAGUGAUGCUGCUGACACGUAG